AUGGCCACAGAUCUUGCACCGCCAGAUUGCCACAAAUGGACCCGAGUUGCAGUCAGAGCACCGCCAGGUGAGGAUGUUGCCAUUUGUAGCCUGGAUGAUGGCGAAAGAGUGACCAGAGCAUUGGUUUGCCAUCUUGGAAAGGUUGCGGGACUAAGGAGUUCAUCAGCCGAUCCCUUGCCCUGCGGAACGGGGGAAAUGUUGUCACUCACCGAAUCGGAUGACGAGGAAAAUGCAAGGGCGAUCUUUCCCUGGUGUUUGGCUCCCGGACGGAGUAUAGGGUUAUCUGCGCUGCGGUCCCAAUGGGCUGGAACCCGAGAACGUCAAGAGGGCAAGACAAAGAGUGAGAAGACACGCGACAGAGGCCUUGAUAUAGCAACCAGAAAGGGUAGCUAG